UUUUGAAACAUGGCACGGUGAAGGGACCGGUUCAUCCUCCCCGCCACCAGUCUCAUGUACCUCAUGUCCAUUAACCAUAAGCUUCCUGCCACCGCCACCGCCGUCGUCUCUGCGUCGCCACCUCAAAUACCAUCUCCCUCUACAUUUUUGUUUAAUUUGCUUACUCUAUAAUUCCUUAUUUCAUUCACUUGGUCUUCUCCAAUCCCAAGAUUUUCCCUCAUUUUUCCAUCUGGUCCAUAAUUUUCCCACUUUGGUCUCUCCCCAACAAUGAGAGUCUCUGCCUGUCGACCCAUCUAAACCCAUCUCUGAACGAUCCGCAAGCCAUGUUGAAGAAGGGGCUGAAGCCGCGCCGCCUCUUCUUCACACCCAAAAAAAAUCUUGCAACUUGUUCUCCCGCACUAGACCCACCGCCAUCUUCAGCCCCCACCACCGAACAUCAUAACAAACUUUGCUUUACCCUAACUGACCGCCUCAUUCGCCGCGGGGUACUGUCGUUGGGUCAGCAAGUGGUUCGGAGAAUGAUCAAGCAGUCUCCGUCUGUUUCAGAUGCAAUUUUAGCCGUUGAGUUUGCCGCAGCACGAGGGUUGGAGCUUGACUCCUGUGGGUAUGGUGUGCUUAUGAGGAAACUCGUGGGUUCGGGUGAACACCGUUUUGCGGAAGCGGUGUAUCGUGAUUAUGUUAUAGCAAGAGGUAUCAUCCCUGACUCGGAAACGUUGAAUUCUAUGGUGAUCUGUUACUGUAAUUUAGGGAAAUUGGAGGAAGCCAUGGCUCAUUUUGAUAGACUAUUUGAAGUCGAUUCUUUUCCUUGUAAACCUGCGUGUAAUGCAAUGCUUAGGGAGCUCUGCGCCCGAGAAAGAGUCUUGGAGGCGUUUGACUACUUUGUUAGAAUCAAUGAUGUUGGAAUACUUAUGGGUCUUUGGUGUUUCAAUAGGUUGAUUGACGGGUUGUGUGACAAGGGGCACUUAGAUGAAGCAUUCUACAUGUUUGAUACAAUGCGUGAAAGAACUGGGUUGCCAGCUACCAUUCAUUUGUACAAAACUUUAUUUUAUGGUCUCUGUAGACAAGAGAGGGUGGAGGAGGCCGAAUUGCUUGUGGGAGAAAUGGAGUCCGAGGGGCACUUUAUAGAUAAGAUGAUGUACACUUCACUCAUUCAUGGAUACUGCAGGGGCAAGAAAAUGAGAACAGCGAUGCGGGUUUUUUUGAGAAUGCUGAAGAUGGGUUGUGACCCAGAUACUUAUACUUACAACACUUUGAUUCAUGGGUUUGUAAAACUUGGAUUAUUUGAUAAAGGAUGGAUAUUGCACAACCAGAUGUCAGAGUUGGGACUGCAACCCAAUGUUGUAACUUAUCACAUUAUGAUUAGGAGGUAUUGUGAAGAAGGAAAAGUGGAUUGUGCUCUGACACUUUUAAAUAACAUGAGUAGUUUCAAUUUGACUCCUAGUGCCCACAGUUAUACUGUCUUAAUUACUGCACUUUAUAAAGAGAACAGGUUAGUGGAAGUAGAAGAAUUGUACAAAAAGAUGCUGGACAGUGGUGUUGUUCCUGAUCAUGUACUAUUUUUUACCCUUAUGCAGAAGCAACCAAAAGGGCAUGAGCUUCAUCUUGCUCUCAAGAUAUUGCAGGCAAUUGCCAAGAAUGGAUGUAAUUUGGAUUUGUGUUUGCUCUCAACCUCUGCUACUCAUAGUCCUACCCAGGAUGUGGAGCAAGAAAUUGAGUGCCUGCUUGGGGAAAUUGUGAGAAGGAACUUUGCUUUAGCUGAUGUAGCAUUUGGUAUUUUUAUCAGUGCCUUAUGUGCAGCAGGUAAAACCGAUGCUGCUUUGCUUUUCAUGGACAAAAUGGUAAGUCUUGGAUGCAGGCCUUUGCUUUCCACUUACAACUCCUUGAUCAAGUGUCUUUUCCAGGAGAGGCUUGUUGAGGAUGCCAAGUCCCUAAUUGAUCUAAUGCAAGAGAAUGGCAUUGUUCCUGAUCUUGCAACUUAUUUAAUUAUGGUACAUGAACACUGUAAUCAUGGGGACUUGGCCUCUGCAUUUGGUCUUUUGGAUCAGAUGAAUGAGAGGGGACUGAAGCCUAGUGUUGCUAUUUAUGAUUCCAUCAUCGGUUGUCUAAGCAGAAGAAAAAGAAUUUUGGAAGCAGAAAAUGUGUUUAAGAUGAUGCUUGAGGCUGGUGUGGAUCCUGAUGCUAUUAUCUAUGUCACAAUGAUCAGUGGCUACUCCAAGAAUCGUAGAGCUAUUGAAGCUAGGCAGUUGUUUGAUAAAAUGAUAGAGCAUGGCUUUCAGCCAAGUUCGCAUUCUUAUACUGCUGUUAUAAGUGGAUUAGUGAAGGAAAACAUGAUAGACAAGGGAUGCUCAUACCUCAGUGAUAUGUUGAAGGAUGGAUUUGUGCCAAAUACAGUGCUUUACACCUCUCUAAUCAAUCAGUUCUUGCGGAAGGGAGAGCUUGAAUUUGCCUUUAGAUUAGUUGAUUUGAUGGAUAGAAACCAGAUUGAAUGUGAUAUGAUAACAUGUAUUGCAUUGGUCAGUGGUGUUUCCAGAAAUAUCACCCCUGUCAGAAGAAGAUGGUACCAUGUAAAGAGUGGGUCUGCAAGGGUAAGAGAAAUAUUGCUCCAUUUGCUCCAUCAGAGCUUUGUUAUCCCAAGGGAAAAUUAUCUAAGCUUUCCUCGUGGUUCUCCCCGCAAAAUAAAAUACUUUGCAUUGAAUCUGAUGCAAAAAAUUAAAGGCUCUAGCUUUAUGCCAAAUUUGUAUCUCUAUAAUGGGAUUAUUUCUGGGUUUUGUCGGGCGAAUAUGAUCCAGGAUGCAUAUAAUCAUUUUGAAUUGAUGCAAACUGAGGGUGUAUGUCCCAAUCAGGUGACUUUCACUAUUCUUAUUAAUGGGCAUACCAGAUUUGGUGAAAUUGAUCAUGCAAUAGGAUUAUUCAAUAAGAUGAAUGCAGAUGGUUUAGCUCCAGAUGGAAUUACAUACAACGCUCUAAUAAAAGGUCUUUGUAAGGCUGGGCGACUACUUGAUGCAUUGUCAGUGUCACAUACAAUGCAUAAAAGGGGGCUUUUCCCUAAUAAGUCUUCUUAUGAGAAACUACUCAAAUGUCUUUGUGCUGGUCAUUUGGGUGUUCAUGCCUUCAAGAUAUUUGAAGAAAUGCUUUCCCAUGACUAUGUACCUUGCUGGUAUAACUGUAACUGGUUGCUUUGCAUUUUAUGUGAAGAACAUCGAUGGCAUGAAGCUCAUAUAGUUCUUGAUGUAAUGCUAAAGCAAAGAAAAUAUCCAGAUGAACUGACGAAGAGGCUUCUGGUGGAAGCAUGCAAUAAGAAAAUUUUCAUGAUUGAGGAAAAUAUUUGGGUGUGAAGUUGGACACCAACUUACCAUACAUACUUCAGCAUAUAUGGAGCUUGGUGAUAUGGGGCUUUUCCUUUGGGGGGAUUGGAGCUUGUGUACCUAUUUUUGGUGGCUUGCCAAAGAGCUAUUCUGAGUUCGGCUGGUAACCAGCAGGGUCACUUUGAGAUGCUUCCUUGGUCUGGAUCAUGUAUGCCUACCAAAAGCAGAGGACAAAGAGGAGAUCUGGUGGGGAUGAGCAUCUCUUUGGCAGGUCCAGAUGGCCGUGUUCUGGGAGGAGGACUUGGUGGUCUAUUAGGGUUGAUGGCCCUGUUCAGGUUCUGGUGGGAAGUCUUCUGCCAGGCCACCAGCAGGAGCAAAAGCCAAACAAGCAGAGAAUUGAGCCUGUACAAGCUGCUAUCCCAACUACUAUGAAUUCUAUCCCAAAAGCCUGAACCUCACAUAUCCCUUUUCCUUCCAUGGGGACAGCUGGGCUUCUCUGAACUCCAUGCAGGGCUCAAGGAAUCUGGAUGGUGACCAUAAAUUACCCUUGUCUGAAGGGGAAACUAAAGGUCCUAGUCAGUAAGAAAAUGAGGCUUCUUGCUGAUCAUCAUUUAGGUUCUCCCUUGAAUGAUGUGUUGAGGCUAACCUCAACUUCUACCUUCUUUGGGUUGGUGGUCUUUCAUGAGCUUUGAGAUGAUGUGGAGGCUGGUCGUAGAUUUCAUGGGUUGAGAACCCUUUUUCAUUUUAUUUAUUUUUUAGUUGCUCUUUCGAUGUGAAAAUGAAAAGGGAAAUGCAAAAGUAUCUUUCUUAUGGUA